CAACUUGAAAAAGAUCAACCCAUCAUGCCUAAACCUCAUAUGAACCUCACUGAAAAGCUGGUCUAUAAUAUAGAUGUUGCACGUCCUGACAAUAAGGUUGAAAAUGGUGGAUUAGUCACAACAUUAACGGAGGCAAAUUUUGCUUUUAUUGGGAAUGUUGGAUUAAGUGUAAUCAAGGUAAAACUUCAACCUCAUGCUAUUAAGGCACCCUCAUACUCAGCCAGCCCUGCGGUUCAGUUAAUUUACAUUGCUAGAGGAGGUGGCAAGAUUGAAAUUGUGGGCCUGAAUGGAAAAUCUGUAUUGGACACUCAAGUUAAGGCUGGUCAUUUACUUGUUGUGCCACAGUUCUUUGUAGUUGCUGAAAUUGCAGGUGAAGAAGGAAUGGAGAGCUAUUCUAUCCUAACAACUACAAGGCCUUUGCUUGAAGAGUUGGCGGGCAAUGAAUCCGUUUGGAGUGCCAUAUCACCUUCAGUGCAAGAAGUGGCUCUUAAUGUGGAUUCUGAAUUUCAAAAGCUUUUCAUAUCCAAGGUCAAGGAGACCACAAAUCUCAUCUCCCGUACUACUAAUUAG